UUAGAAAUACAUUUCUCAUAGAAACGUACAUAAUUUUCAUUUUUACAAUGAAUCAAACCUCUGGGGAUGAAGAAACAGAAUAUUUUGAUGCGAUCCAUGUUGAUCUCUUCACUAGUACUAUCUUGUCGAAAUUGCCGGUAAAGUCUUUAGCUCAGUGUCGUUGCGUAUCCAAGCUCUGGUCAUCCAUAAUUCGUCGUCCAUAUUACAACAUGUUGUUCCCCAUCAAGUCUCCGGAUCCACCGCGGAUCCUUUGGAGCAUCGGAAAUGCAGGAGGGUUGUUCUUCUACUCUUCACCUCAGCCUUGUAACCCGGAUGAGAACACGUCUCUUGUAGCCACACUUCAUCAUUGGACAAGUGGAAAAUGUUUAACUAUAUCAAGUCCUCCUAUUGGUGGAUUGUUAUGUAUUGAAUAUCACAUAAAGAAUUCUUCAGGAGUGGAGGUAAUUUCUAAUCCCAUAACGGGAGAGUUUUUAGCCUUGCCCAAACUGAUAAUAAAUGAGGUUAAGAAAGAGUGGUUAUUUGUCCAUGAAACAUUUUUUUUUGGGUAUGAUCCAAUCGAGAAACAGUCCAAGGUAUUGUGUAUCACCUCGUCGCGUCGCUUACCUAAAUUUGGUCAGUAUCAUGUUCUCACAUUCGAGUCUGGAAACAGAAAUCUCUUAUGGAGAAAGACAGAAUGUUGCACACUUCAUUUUCCUAGAUACGAUAUUAGGGCGAUGUGCAUAAGUGGUAUCUUGUACUAUGCAGCGGAUGUCUUAACUAACUUUACCAUCGCUUGCUUUCAUGUUAGGUCUGAGAGUUUUAGUUUUAUUGACAUUGAUCAAGAUAUACAAAAUAUGGGACAUUCUCUUGAUUUUAUCGACUACAAGGGUAAAUUAGGUGCUUCUGUUUACGAACUUUGCUUUAAUACUUUUAAAUUGUGGGUUUUAGAGGAUGCAGAGACGCAUCAAUGGUCAAAGUAUAUCUACGAAAUGCCCAAUACAUGGCUGAAAAAAUUUAGUUCUAUACAUAUUGCUGGAAUGAUUGGUAGUAGCGAAAUCGUGUUUUACCCAGAGUAUACACAAGAUGAGUUCUUCAUAUUUUACUACAAUCUCGAGAGCAACAUUCUCACAAGAGUAAUACUUGAAGCACUACAGUUUAGUGGGAAGUGUUAUGUUAAGGCAUUAGCAAACUAUGUAGGUGAUGUAAGACUUAUGUAA